AUGGCCAUCUGGGGUCUUUGGGUUAUAAACAAAGCUGGAGGUCUGGUCUACCAGCGCAAUCUCGGAGAUGGCUUGCCUCACUUGACUUCGAACGAGUAUCUCGUGUUGGCGGGUACCCUGCACGGUAUUCACGCCAUCACAGCGAGGCUGUCUCCUACAGGAACGAGUUCCGGAGCGAAUGUCAUCUCCAGCGAGACAUUCAAGUUAACGAUUCUCCUUACCGCCACGGGGACGAAGUUUGUCCUUCUCACGUCCCUUGCUGAGAACACGGCGGAUGCAGUGCUUCAGAAAGUGUACGAGGCCUACGCAGACGCGGUCAUGAAGAAUCCCUUCCAUACGCCGGAGAUGCCCAUCCGUACGGAAGGUUUCGAUUCGCGGGUCACUGCGAUAAUGACGGAUGAGACCACUCGGCUGCUGUCGCGUCGCUUGUUCAAGUCACUAUCUCUCAAGUCUGAAGCUAGUGCCAUAGUACGCGUGUGCUACAUUUGA